GGCCCCUCGGUCGAUCGCUUUUUCUCAACUCCGAGUUCCACUCCCACGCUACAAGGAGGGCGAGCCAAGGUUUCAUCGUCUCGCCGACAAGGGUUGCUCGAAAGCGACACUAAAUCUGCGUGUCAAACGAGGUCUCUGGGGCGCAGUUUGUACAACCCUUUCGUACAAGACAAUGAAUCCCCUCUCGGACUUAUCUAGGCGCGAGGGCUUGAGAUAUUAAGAUUCCUAUUUACCACCCCCUCUGGUCUACUCACAAUGCUCAUAUUCAGACUUCACACCCUUCUCAAAUCUCAACUUUGUCAAAUACCUUCAAGUAUUCUCGAUUUCGAUCUAAACCCGUAACCAUGCCAAAACCCGGAAGCUCCACGCCAUCACUCGAGGAUUCUGUCCUCCAGUGCAAAGAAAAGGAGGACCUUGAGCAACAAGUGGAAGAGGAACAAGAUGUGCAAACAAAAGAGACGAACGCUACGGACGAAACUCUAAACCCAUGGCAUCCCAGCCAAUUCCCCGACGGCGGCAAGGACGCGUGGUUGUGUCUUCUCGGCACCUUUUGCUGUUUAUUCUGCAGUUUCGGAUGGAUCAACUGCAUUGGUGUUUUUCAGAACUAUUAUCAGCGCAACCAACUCAGCCAGUACUCUCCAAGUACGAUUUCCUGGAUAUCUUCUUGCGAGAUCUUCGUCAUGUUCAUUCCGGGGCCAAUUGUGGGUUUCUCUUUCGACAAUUAUGGACCCAAAUGGCUCUUGGUCAUUGGCACCUUUUUUCACGUCUUUGGCCUGAUGAUGACUUCUCUCUGCAAGGAAUACUACCAAUUCAUCCUAGCCCAAGGUAUCUGUAGUCCUCUUGGUCUAAACUGCAUAUUCACGGCUGCUACUAGCUCCAUUACCUCAUGGUUCUUCAAGAAAAGAGGCGCUGCCUUUGGCAUAAUGGCCGCUGGAUCGGGUCUAGGUGGCAUCAUUUUCCCAAUCAUGACCCAACAUCUGAUCCCUGAAGUCGGAUAUGGCUGGACGAUGAGAAUCUGCGCUUUUAUGAUUCUUGGAUUGCUUGGAAUCGCUAUACUCACGGUAAAAUCUCGUCUACCGCCGAAACCUCGACCUUUUGUCCCUGGAGUUUUUAUCGAACCAUUCAAGGAUAUCCGGUUUGUAUUGACCACAAUAUCGUCAUUCCUGUUCUUCAUGGGUUUAUUCAUUCCAAUCAACUUUGUCGAAGUUCAGGCUUUGGCAAAUGGCAUGUCGUUCCAUCUUGCUGGCUAUUUAAUUCCCAUCCUAAACGCGGCGAGUAUAUUCGGUCGAAUCAUACCAGGGAUUCUCGCAGAUAAGGUCGGCCGUUUCAACAUGCAGGUGUUAAUGUCCUUCUUUACCGGUAUCCUCGUCCUAGCUCUAGCCCUCCCAGCGUCAGGGAAUGCCGCCUUCAUCGCGUUCGCCGCCCUCUACGGAUUCGCGUCUGGUGCAUACGUCUCCCUCGCACCCGCACAGAUCGCAUUCAUUUCUAAAGUUGAGCAGAUCGGAAUCCGAGUAGGAAUGCUUUUCUCCAUCGUGAGCUUCGCAGGAUUGGCUGGAUCCCCUAUUGCUGGAGCGAUUGUUAGUAGAGAUCAUGGUGGAUUUGAUGGUUUGUGCAUCUUUGCUGGUGUAAUGCUUCUUGCAGGGGCCACGAUGUUCGUUUUCACAAGAGCGAUAGUCGCCGAGUACAAGAUAUUUGUCAAAGUUUAGGAUCCACCCUGAUGUUUAUCAUCCAAUCUGUAUUUCGAGGUUCUUUGGGAUAGAGAAUGGGAUAAAAGGAGCAACGUGUAAAGAUUAUAGACCUGCUAGUUCUUUUAAGUGGAUAUCCACGCUCGAUAAUCGACAAUGUAAUAGUAGGAGACAAAGUCUGUGGGUAUGUACAUAAAGCAUGAUGUGAAG